UGAAAGUUAAAAUUAUCCCUCUUCACGCAAAUCCUUCUCAAUCUGAUCAGUACUUGAGAUGGACUAGCCAGCUUGUGUCUCCAUGGUAUCGCAUGGACUGCAGGAGUCCUCCUCGGUGCCCUCACAGAUCGGCGUGACCCGGAACUAACGGGAUUACGGCGGCAGCCAACCGCAGGAGAACCAGUUGGUCAGGAUCAACAAACGGACACAGAUACAGAGGCGGGAGAUAAGAACAAAGAGCGGCAGCAUAUCAGUCUCGUGCGUUUACAAGCCUUGUGAGUUUCACAAGGAGCUACUGUUUGUCUGCCUUUCCGUCUGUCUGUCUGUCUGUCUGUCUGUCUGUGUCUGCCGGUAAUUUUUUUACAUGGAGCACUUGUGUUGACAUACUGAGGAAUACCACUGGAGAAGAACACCUGUUGGAAUAACACGUUUGCUGCUUUUCUGUCUCAAGGCGUUUUGAGAAUCUGACAAAGAGUUUCCUCGGGAGUGGUUGUAUUUGUGUCUGUUAUGUUCUGCUCCCACCGGUCGGUCCUCCAUGACUUCCUCUCUUGGUCUACGUCCUGCCGCAGAUAAAGAGGUGAGGACUGAACUGUCCAGGAGAGCAGAAGCAGGACACAAGGGAUGACGAUGGCCAAGGGCUCCAGCAUCUCUUCACUGUCCCAACUGGGAAACCCGCUCUCAGUCCUCCAUCUCCUGGGUGGAGGUAUCCUGCAACCUCUUUGCCCCCCGCCCCUCACACUCCUCCGCUUCCUCAUCUGCACCCUCGUUCUAUCGGAGACUGCUGGUAGUUUACCGGGCCUGGAGUACGACCAUGGCUCGCAACCCAAAUUUGUCUGCACCCCCAUUCCUGCAGACGCGGACCCUUCCUGUUUUACUCCAGGGGACAGCCAUAGUCCUGGUCACGGCCCCAGCCACGGAAGUGGCCACGGCAACGGUCACGGUACCGGCCAUAGUAACGGACACCACGGACCGACAGUAGGGCGCGGGAUCAUUUCGGACGAGGCCAAAACCACCAUUCUCCACCUGCGUGAGAGCUUGGUCCGGCAGAAGGAGACCAUUCUCGACCAGCGGGAGACGAUUCGGGAGCUGACAGCCAAGCUGACGCUUUGCGAGGGCUUUGGCAGGGGUGCUGGCGGUCACCAUGAUGACGACCACCACGGCCUCGGGCACCACGGGUCCUACCACGGCCCCUCGCAUCACUAUGACGACCACCAUACGGACCAUCACACGGACCACCACACGGACCACACUGAUCAUCACACUGAUCAUCACACUGAUCACCACUCUGACCCCCACUACCCCUUAAACAGCCACCGGGACAGCAACAGGGGCAAGGGACCGUACAUGGGCCACCAUGGAUUCUCCCCUGACCAGACCGGGAAAACUCUGCAGGCGCUGAAGGAGAAACUAGAUGCCCUACAGGCCCGGAAUUCCACGAGUACCUACUCCAGUUCCUUGAGAGACCUCUUGCAGCGCAGAAUCAAUUUACUGGAGGAACAGCUUCACCAUUACUAUGGCUCACACCAUGGUGGCUAUGGUGGUAACCAUGACAAUCACCAUGGCCAUGGUGGCCACGACGACCACCAUGAAGAUCAUGAUGAUCACCAUGAGGAUCACCAUGAAACUCACCAUGAGACUCACCAUGACCCACACGAUCACCAUGACGAUCAUCACCACGACCGCUUCAGUCAUCGCUAUGAUCGCCACAACACUCACCACGGUGACCACCAUGAUACUCACCAUGAUAGCCACCACGAUGAUCACCAUGGUGGUCACCAUGACACUCACCAUGAUGAACACCAUGACGACCACCACAGUCCCCACCAUGACAGCCACCACGAUGACCACCAUGACAGUGGUCACCACGAUGACCACGGCCACCCUCCUGCGACGGGUUAUGGUAAGCAGCCGCCAAGAGGACCGCCACGUGGGUCUGCCAAACUGGACUCUGUUCUAAGCCAGCUCCAUCACCGCAACACUGAACCAGCUGGUCGUCCCAACCCCAAGAACCCGGACGCUUUCCAGAUCGGCUUCCCCAUGCGAACCAACUACAUGUACGGCCGCAUCAAGCGCACGCUCCUGAAUGAGAUCUUUGCUCUGACGGUGUGCCUGUGGCUGAAGGGGGGGAACGGGCCUGGCAUAGGCACCCCCUUCUCCUACUCCGUCCCCGGCCAGGCCAAUGAGCUGGUGCUCAUUGAGUGGGGCAACAAUCCGAUGGAACUUCUGGUCAAUGACAAGGCUGUGACCCUGCCUCUCUCGAUAACGGACAGUAAGUGGCAUCACCUGUGCAUCACCUGGUCCACACGGGACGGUGUAUGGGAGGCUUACCAGGAUGGCGUGAAGAGAGGCUCAGGAGAGAGUCUGUCCGCAUGGCACCCCAUCAAACCCGGUGGAGUUUUCAUCCUUGGCCAGGAACAGGACACCCUCGGUGGAAAGUUUGAUGCCACCCAGGCAUUUGUAGGUGAGAUGUCCGAUCUGCAGCUGUGGUCUCGAGUGCUCACGCCUCAGGAGAUCAACAACCAAGCCUCUUGUCGAUCCCACUUGACAGGCGACAUCAUUACAUGGAUGGAGUCGGUGGUGGAGUUGCAUGGCGGGGUCACCAAAUACCCCUUUGACCCCUGCCACUGAGGCUGACCGUACACAGCAGAAAUGAAACAAAAUGGCUGCCAUUUUGGGUCCGAAGACUUGGGAGGACGUGUGCGUUGGCAAAGGCAAAGGCAUUGCCUUUGUGCGUACUGUAUAAAUGACAGAGAAAAAAGAAUGACAAAACAAAAGAACAUAACACACGAAUGGAUGGAGAGGGCAAACGUGUGUUUCUCUAAGUCUCUAAGCGUCAAAGUGGCACUGACUAACCUGCUGUCGCUGUAAGAGUAAUAGGAUUCACUAUCUUUACACGGGACCCUGUAGGACCUGGUAUUAGCCGAGCACCUUGAGUAUUGGCAGCAUGCCCAUGCAUGUACUGGCUUUGUGAUAUCUCUCUCCCCUGGGCCUCACAGUGGUACUGAAAAUACCAAAGUCCUUUUAGGCAUGUCCCUCUACUCUGUGGCCAUAUUGCAACGCACUUUGGGCACUUAUUGGGAAUCUAUUUUGGGCAGAACCGCACAUGCACAAGGUUUCACGACACCAAUCUCGCUCCAGCUGUGAAAUCCCAACACAGUAUUGUUACGAUGUAUACACACGACAUGAUUGGCACAAUGUAUUCACAUGUCAACUUUUGGCCAUGGAAGGGGCGGGACAUGUGUAGACAACUGCCAUAUUGGCGUUACGAACCAACAUCAUGCAUUUUUAUGGAGAAUUGUUUGAGUGCUGUGUCUUCUCAUUAGAAAGUCUUUGAAACAACUACUGCUCAGACAAAGAAGAGAUCUGCACUUUAUAUUGAAUUGACUAACAGCAACGAGAGGAUUCGUGCAAGAGUUCAGCUACACACUGCGUUUGCAGUGUUGUUGUUCUUGUUGUUGUUGUUGUUGUUGUUGUUGUUGUUGUUGUUGUUGUUGUGUGUUUGUAUUUCUAUCUGAUGCAUCAAGAGCUGGUGUGUGCUGCCCUAUUUCUAAGAGCUGGUGUGUGUCUUUUUUUUUUCUCCAAAAGUGGACCCAUGCUAGGACUGUGGGACUAUGGGGGAGUGUUUCUACGCCCACAUUUUUUGUAGGGGCCUAAUUUCACAACGUAAUAAUCACACACCCCCUAGCAGGGGAUUUUUUUUUUUGUUACAAACUUUGUUAGAUACGAUGAUAGUUAAUAAAAUAAAUGAAGGUGCUCUUCCCAUCUGCAUUUGGUAAAAAAAAAGAAAAUGGUCACUAUACAGUUAAGUGUGACAAUAACAAAACGUGUUUGUGUAACAUUGGAUUUUUUUAUGUUUCAUGUUUUGUGUACAUAUCAUGUUUAUAAGGGUGUUUCUAAAAGAUAAAUACUUUUUACAUAUCAGUGUGAACACAUAGAUUUUCUUUUUUUUCAAAGUGUGUGAGCAAUAAGUCUGUAUGACAGAUCCAUGGGACUUGUAGAUACCUGCCUGUUCACAGAUUAAAUGGCUCUAGCAGCUUCGGAAGAAUGCUAAAAACUCCAUGAAACCCCAGCUUAAAGCAAGAUCACUGCGGCAAAUUGGUUCUCUGAUGAGGACUGACAUCCUCUCUCGCUCUCUCUCUGUCUUUCAUUUUAUCGCUCUGUGUAUGUUAUCACUCACUCUUCACCAUCUACUGCAUGUAUUUGAAACGCACAUCCAAAUAUUAAGUCAGACACUAACCAAAGGAACUUCUUAGUAAAGGACAAAAAGGCCACAAACUGUCACUCCUCAGGCAAUCAAUCUAUUUCUUUUCAUGGUCAGUGUGAUAUUUUUAAGCUGUAAGCUUGGUACCUGAAGCAUCACACAUGCUGUGAGAAAUGAAUCUGUUUUCAUAGGAGUCUUGUUCCAUGCAGUUCUGUGUUUUCUGUUUCCGCAUUUAUGUUUCCUAUGUAAACACCAACAUUGUCAAAAAGAGAUACUUGAAUAGAUUUAUGUCUGCUACAGUGAAAGUGUUAAAGAACUUGUAAAUAUAUGAAUGCCCCUUUUACAUGGUGCACAUAGGGAGUGGGCAAAACAAAAGUCUACUUUUUAAUGUUUGUUUGUUAAUUAAAACAUUAAAAAGUAGAGGCAUUUAGUAGGCUACAUGCAUAAGAGGCUUCCAUGGCUUCAAGUGUAUUUAAUGUGUGAUACAAAUAUUAUGCAGUUCAUCAGUCCUGGUUCAUUUUAACCACUGUAGCCCUGCUAAGAGGCUGUUCUUCUUUAGCACGGCAAUGUCCUUUAUGUUUACUAAGUCUCCGUCACAGGUUAAACAUUACUCCAGCAUCUCACAUCCACAGCAGAAUAAAGGCCCACAGUUGCCAUGGUGAUUCUGCCAUAUUGUAUUCUGUAUAGCGUAAGAGAGCCCUUCGUUCUCCUAAAAAAAAAAAUAUAUAUAUAUAUUUUGUAUGUUUCCUAAUGCACUUUUUUUCUGGAGUUCUGAACUAAGUAUUUGAAUUAUUUUGUAAAAAAGUAAAAAUAAAAAUACCAUAUCAACAAUAUAUAAAUAUAAAUAUAUAUUCCUGACAGAUUUGUAAAUUGUUCCUUGUAUAUUUAUACUGAUUUUGGUACUGUACAAAAAAAUAACAAAUAACCCUAGAACUGGUUACAACAGGUGUCAAGCUGACUAGAGUCCAGCUUGUUUUACAGCUUACCCUCCUCUCGCCUUGGUUUCUGUUUCAGUUUUUGUCUCUAAAAGAUGACACGUUGUUAGCAUUUCUUUCUUUUCCUUGCAUAUUAUAUCUGUGUCCAUGAUGGUGAAUAUCAAGUGUGUAAUUGAUAACCAUAAUGUAUGUGUUCAGUCAUGGGCCCCUAUACUGUAUGUGUAAAAGCCAAAAUGUACACAGAGAUUGUAAUUUUUUGACUAAGACAAAAUGCACUUAUUCUUAUGGUAAUAUGUACAUAAAGGGUUUGAAUAAAUGAAAUUGCACUGAA